UCAAGUUACUUAAUUUUUAAAACCUAGGAUUUUAACUGGAUUCUAGCAAAGUAGGUUUUUUGUAUAUUUUGGUUGUGGGCUGGGAGAGAGACAGCAUGUAAGGGAAGCUGUUUUUCAAAGGUGCAUGGUGAACUUAUGUGCUAAUUGAAAAUCCACUCACUGUUUGUUUUUUUUUAGGGUUUUUUUGUCUUCCUUCAGUCUUGAAGAUCUAAAAAUAUGUUUUGUGGUAUAGUACCUUUUAGGCAUGGUGUGGUUCUGGAGGUAGUUUCCAAGGUAGAGGCAGGGAUAACUAGACUGCAUUAUCUUAAAUCUUUUUAAAAGUAAGCAUCUUGAUUCGUGUAAGAAAAAUAAGUUUAGAACUGAAUUUGGAAAGAUUAGAUUGGAAUUGCCUCAAAUCAAAUUAAGCCACACUGCAUGGAGUGCUGGGAAUAGAAAUGCAAUUACUGUAAACUUGUACAAACUGAUCUGUUGCAUUAUCUUGUUAAUCUAACAUACGGUACUUUUUGUGUCCAUAUUGCAGACAGCAACUCCAAACUAACAUGGCAGUCAGACUGUGUGAUGUGGCUUCUCUGCUUAGAAGUGGUUCGUGGGCAGCAGAGCCUUGGACUGGGCAGAUAAUUGCUGCCAUGGAAACACAACUGUCUAAUGGACCAACUUUCAAUAAUACAGCCCAUAGUUCAACCACCAUAAACAAUUGCUCAUCACCAGUUGAUUCUGGGAACAUGGAAGACAGCAAGACCAAUUUAAUAGUAAACUACCUUCCGCAGACCAUGACACAAGAUGAGCUGAAGAGUCUUUUUGGCAGCGUUGGCGAGACAGAAUCCUGUAAGCUUGUCAGGGACAAAAUAACAGGACAGAGCUUGGGUUAUGGUUUUGUGAACUACGUUGACCCCAAGGAUGCUGAAAAAGCUAUCAACACUCUGAAUGGAUUGAGACUCCAAACUAAAACCAUAAAAGUUUCCUAUGCACGACCAAGUUCGGCUUCUAUCAGAGAUGCAAAUUUGUAUGUUAGUGGACUUCCAAAAGUAAUGACCCAGAAAGAACUGGAACAGCUCUUUUCCCAACAUGGGCGCAUUAUUACUUCUCGUAUUUUGGUUGACCAAGUCACUGGAGUAUCAAGGGGUGUGGGGUUUAUCCGGUUUGACAAGCGAAUUGAAGCAGAAGAAGCUAUCAAGGGCUUGAAUGGCCAGAAACCUCCAGGUGCCACAGAGCCAAUCACUGUCAAGUUUGCUAACAGUCCAAGCCAAAAAAACAGUCAGGCAUUCCUUUCCCAGCUGUACCACUCUCCAAACAGAAGGUACCCAGCACCUCUAGCUCAGCAGGCUCAACGUUUUAGGUUGGACAAUCUGCUCAACAUGGCUUAUGGAGUAAAGAGAUUUCCUCCAAUGACCAUUGAUGGAAUGACCAGUUUGGCUGGAAUUAAUAUCCCUGGACAUGCAGGAACUGGAUGGUGCAUUUUUGUGUACAACUUGGCCCCUGAUGCUGAUGAAAGUAUUCUCUGGCAAAUGUUUGGACCCUUUGGAGCAGUAACCAAUGUGAAGGUCAUUCGUGACUUCAGCACCAACAAGUGCAAAGGUUUUGGUUUUGUGACAAUGACAAACUACGAUGAGGCAGCUAUGGCAAUAGCCAGCCUGAAUGGAUACCGCCUUGGGGACAGAGUGUUGCAGGUCUCCUUCAAAACAAACAAAGCGCACAAACCCUAACAAGUUAUUCUCAGUGCAUUAAUACAUGAAAACUAUACAACAAAGGCCUUUUACAAGAAGCUUUAUGCAUUAGUAAAGGCCUUUGUUGUAUGCCAGUGUGGAAAUGGGGAUAAAAUGACUACUUAGCAUCCUAAGAAUAUGUGAGAUUUUUUUAUUGCUAAUAUUUGAAUUAAAACUUCUUAAAUAUCUUCUGUGUUUGAAUAUUGACAAGAGAUACAGGGUUUUUACCUGUCACAAUGCAUAUUCUAUUGCCUUCUUUGAAGAAGGUGGACCUUUUAAAACGUUCCAGCUAAGGGAAGAAGUCUUGUCUUUACAUGACUGCCUUUAAAGUAUGGGCUAAUACUAAGGCUUUGUGUUAUACUUAAGUUGUUGUUAUUUCUUGAUUUGCCUUGUGUUUAACUUACACAUUCAAUGAUUUGCUGUUUUGUUCAAUAAAAGUAUUUGAUGUUUAUACUUUAUUUAUAAAGUUAUAAGCAGUAUUUAUUUUGUAAUUAUCGUUUGGGUUGGGUAAUGGGAACACAUUAUAAAAGCUUAUUGUAAGAAUACUGGAGAACUUUUCGUAAAGCAGUACCUUGCCAAAGAGAUAAGAGCCUCUUUGAUGUGGGUUUAAAAAAGCAUCUAUUUUUA